GGUAGGACGUCCAUUUUGUCGACGCUUUCGGUCCCGGUUAGUCGACGCCGGUGCGUGCCGGUAUAAUUCCUAUUUGCUACGAGUUCGCGCAAAUCCAGUGGCUGUCUUUCGGCGGCGUUGUGGUACCCCAUACUCAGGUAGUGUGAGGACACCGUGUGGCCGGACACCAGGUGUGAGAGAACAGGCACACCGGGUGGCGAGAAGGCGCGCGAGAAUUAGGAAUACCGGAGCAGCGUGUGCGAGAGCACGUCGCGUGGAAAGCUGCGAAUAAGAGUCUAGGAAUCUGCGAUGGAUAACAAGAUGGCGGAUGUGAAGCCCAUCCCGGUGGCACAGGACGCCCUGUCCGUGGCUCAGCUCGAGCUCGGCGGAAAUCCAAACGCCUUGGCGCUACGUAGGCCAUUCGAUCCAGUGGCGCAUGAUCUCGAGUCAGCCUUCAGGCUAACACGUUUUGCCGAUCUGAAAGGAUGAGGGUGUAAGGUCCCUCAGGAGGUUCUUGGGAAACUCCUUGAGGGACUUCAGGCUGACGAAGGGAUUCCACAGGAUCAUGAGCAUGCCCACUUUAUGCACAUGGCGAUACCGCGCAUUGGCAUUGGAAUGGAUUCCUCCGUGACACCGCUGAGACAUGGUGGGCUGAGCCUUGUCCAAACAACUGAUUUCUUUUAUCCGCUUGUUGACGACCCCUACAUGAUGGGUAAAAUCGCGUGUGCUAACGUUAUCAGUGAUCUGUAUGCGAUGGGUGUCACGGACUGCGACAACAUGUUGAUGUUGCUUGGCGUCAGUACUAAGAUGACAGAGAAGGAGCGCGACGUCGUUGUGGCAUUGCUGAUGAGGGGCUUUAAGGAUUCAGCGCUGGAAGCUGGUACCACGGUAACGGGCGGCCAAACAGUUGUCAAUCCGUGGUGCACUAUAGGAGGAGUUGCUACUACAGUUUGUCAACCCAAUGAAUACAUUGUUCCCGAUAAUGCCGUCGUAGGCGAUGUAUUGGUCUUGACGAAACCGCUUGGCACGCAAGUCGCCGUUAACGCGCACCAAUGGCUCGACCAGCCAGAUCGUUGGAAUCGAAUAAAGCUCGUGGUCAGCGAGGACGAUGUACGGAAAGCUUACCAACGUGCGAUGGACAGUAUGGCCAGGUUGAACAGGACAGCUGCCAGACUGAUGCACAAGUAUAACGCGCACGGCGCCACAGACGUCACCGGUUUUGGCCUCCUCGGACAUGCCCAGAAUUUAGCCAAGCAUCAGAAGAACGAAGUCUCCUUCGUUAUCCAUAAUCUACCAGUUAUCGCGAAGAUGGCAGCUGUGGCGAAGGCCUGUGGUAACAUGUUUCAACUAUUGCAGGGCCACUCGGCCGAGACUAGCGGCGGUUUGCUUAUCUGUCUUCCUCGGGAACAGGCUGCAGCAUAUUGUAAAGACAUCGAGAAACAGGAAGGAUAUCAGGCAUGGAUUAUCGGCAUCGUGGAGAAGGGUAAUCGCACAGCAAGAAUAAUCGAUAAGCCGCGAGUGAUCGAGGUGCCGGCUAAAGAGAAGGAUGGCGAGCUCUGGUAAACUGGAGUCGAGAAUACCGCAUUGUCUCGCCUUUUUAAUUGUACGAUUUAUACACUCGAAAUAGCACUUACACACGCGUUCUCAAUGCGCUUUUACGUGCACCAUGUACAAUGGAUUUAAUUCAGACGCCCGCGGCAUCUUCAAUCUAUCUCUCGUCGUAUUUUAGGUACAUGGAUUUAUAACUUCUCACUUUUCUCCUUUGCUGAUAUAAUUGAUUGAUUAGUGGCUGAUGGUGGAUCGUAAUAUAUGUGCCGGGCUGCAUUCCUAUAUUUGCUGCCAGUACUGGAAAUCUAAAGUUUACACUGAAUAUACUGUACAUUUUCAAUCAUUGGCGAUGAAUAUUGUAACGCAGACCUGUUAUUAGUAUCACUUGAAGUGGCGAUAAUCUUUUGAAUGCUGAGAAAAGAAAAAAUAGUGCUACUUUUCCUUUUUAUGUUAUAUAUAUUAGCAAUAUACUUAGAGUUAAAUGUAAGUUUUUGAAGGGAGAUCUCUCGUUGUUCGAAAUAUUCGAAACCGAAGGCAUGCAUGUUCAACACAAGUUCGGUAGGAAGAGGUCGAGUUUUAAAUGCUUGCGAGAAUCAACACUCGUAAAACAAAAUAGAUUCUUUGAACUACGCUUCAAAAAAAAUGUGUCAUUUCAAAAUGAUAAUAUAUCGAGUGGCGACUUCAGAAGUAUGUCUGAAGUAUAUCGGAUUAACGACGGACACAGAGUUAUAAGAUAUAUUUUACAAGUUGCAAGACUUAACAGGACUCGAGUAGAUUGUAUAAUUUUAUGUAGUAAACUGUGAAUAAUUCUCAAAUCUGAAGGAACACGUGCGUAUGGAUGAUUUUCGGAAAUAUUACGAGUAGCAAUGCCCAUAUUUCAAUAAAGCGCAAUCUAAAAUCUAAGUAGGAAGACACACACACACACACACACGGUGUCGAAAGGCCUUCUAGUUAUCUCGAUACAUACGCUUCGAAUGAUUCUGAAAAGAAAAAGUUUAAGCACAGGUCCUAACGUUGUAUUACUUUUUCAUAUGAAUAAAGUGCUACUUUGUCAAUAAAACUAAUCCCAUG